AGGGAGAGACCUGGACUGGCCGUCUGACGCAUGCGCGAUGCUGCAGGAAGGGGGCGGCAGUCCCGUUGGGUCUGCCUGCCAGUCAUGGCGGUGACACGGAGAGGUGGGGAAGAGGGGGUGUGUGCUUUUCCCCUCUCUGAGUGGCUGGGAGGCGGACUUUAAUGGGAUUGCUAACCUAUAAAGUAACACUCUGUUGUUUCCUCAGAUCUGCCCCUUUAAACUGGAACAGCGAGCAAGGCGGUCUCGCUUUGCCUACCAACAGACGGGAGGAUAACAAACGCCCGGAAAGAAAAUCAAAGAAAAUAAUUUUAAAGAAAGAAAGGGGAAAGUGCGGGAUCAUUGGGCAGCCCCAGUAUUUGUUAUAGUGAGACAGCAGAGUGUAGGACGGAGUCCCGGGUCGUACGGGUAGCGGCGACUGGGGAGAUUCACGCUGCGAAGUGCAGCACAUUUAUUUUGUAGUUUUUCCUUACUGUGCUUUAUUUUCCCUGUUUCUUUUUGCCUUUUUCGUUUGUUAUAAUUUGUGAGCACCUGCGAGUGCGGGACUGCAGCUGAGUACCCUGCCGUGGUAUUCCCCGUUGGUUCUGGAUACCAUAGCUGGUAGCCAGACCACGGACCACAAGCGCCCUCUACGGGCUCAACGAAAUCGGUACACCUCACCAGAGUACCAAAAGAAAAUAAUAAAACUGAGCACCUGUGUGGUGUUGUCAACUACCAUUUCUGUCUCCCGUGUCAGUGAAUACCCGCACCCUCCCACACGUGGUGUCAGAAGUGGGAUUCACUGGCACUGCCCAAACAAAGCAGUGCACCCACCAAAGGAGAAGGAAUGGAUGCCGUCCAAUUUGCGGCCAUGAUGGACCUCCUGCGCCAGACCCUAACUGCUGCGGUGCAGGGGGCUGCUCGACCGGCAGGUCCUGACCCCAGGUUACAGAGACCCACAAAGAUGACAGCCGAGGAUAAACCCGAAGCCUACCUGGAGGUGUUUGAGGCCAUGGCGACCUCGGCCGGGUGGGCUCAGGCACAAUGGGCCAGCUACCUCUUGCCCCAGCUGACGGGAGAGGCACAGGCAGCAGCGAGAACGCUAUCCCCUGAGAGGAUGAUGGACUACCCCGCGCUGAAAGCGGCCAUCCUUAACCGCGUGGGGGCUACCCCAGAGGGGUACCGGCGAAAGUUCCGGGAGGAACGGUUCUCCGCAGAGGAGCAUCCCAGAACGAUCGCGCAUCGUUUAAAGGAUUACGCCAUGGGCUGGCUGAACCCCGACGCGAGUACCAAAGCCAGGAUAGUGGAGGUGAUCGUGGUGGAGCGCUUCCUGGAGUGCUUGGCACCGGCACCUCGGCUAUCUGCCCCUUUAAACUGGAACAGCGAGCAAGGCGGUCUCGCUUUGCCUACCAACAGACGGGAGGAUAACAAACGCCCGGAAAGAAAAUCAAAGAAAAUAAUUUUAAAGAAAGAAAGGGGAAAGUGCGGGAUCAUUGGGCAGCCCCAGUAUUUGUUAUAGUGAGACAGCAGAGUGUAGGACGGAGUCCCGGGUCGUACGGGUAGCGGCGACUGGGGAGAUUCACGCUGCGAAGUGCAGCACAUUUAUUUUGUAGUUUUUCCUUACUGUGCUUUAUUUUCCCUGUUUCUUUUUGCCUUUUUCGUUUGUUAUAAUUUGUGAGCACCUGCGAGUGCGGGACUGCAGCUGAGUACCCUGCCGUGGUAUUCCCCGUUGGUUCUGGAUACCAUAGCUGGUAGCCAGACCACGGACCACAAGCGCCCUCUACGGGCUCAACGAAAUCGGUACACCUCACCAGAGUACCAAAAGAAAAUAAUAAAACUGAGCACCUGUGUGGUGUUGUCAACUACCAUUUCUGUCUCCCGUGUCAGUGAAUACCCGCACCC